GCCGGGAGAGGGCUGAGGGGCGAGCGGUGGGGGAGGCUGACAUCAUCGCGGCGGCAGCCCUUUAAACCCCUCACCCAGCCAGCGCCCCGAGUCCUGCCCACCGGCUCUCCUCGGAAGCUGAGACUGCACUCGCUCGCUCCUGCGGCCCGACGAACCCCCUCUGCCCCAUCAUGGCCAACAAGGGUCCUUCCUAUGGCAUGAGCCGUGAAGUGCAGUCCAAAAUUGAGAAGAAGUAUGACGAGGAGCUGGAGGAACGGCUGGUAGAGUGGAUCAUAAUGCAGUGUGGUUCUGAUGUGGGCCGCCCGGACCGUGGGCGCCUGGGCUUCCAGGUCUGGCUGAAGAACGGCGUGAUUCUGAGCAAGCUGGUGAACAGCCUGUAUCCUGAGGGCUCCAAGCCUGUGAAGGUGCCUGAGAACCCACCUUCCAUGGUCUUCAAGCAGAUGGAGCAGGUGGCUCAGUUUUUGAAAGCGGCUGAGGGCUAUGGCGUCACCAAGACGGACAUGUUCCAGACGGUUGACCUCUUUGAAGGCAAAGACCUGGCAGCAGUGCAGAGGACCUUGAUGGCUUUGGGCAGCUUGGCAGUGACCAAGAACGAUGGACAUUACCGUGGCGACCCCAACUGGUUUAUGAAGAAAGCCCAGGAGCACAAGAGAGAAUUCACAGAGAGCCAACUGCAGGAGGGAAAGCAUGUCAUCGGCCUUCAGAUGGGCAGCAACAGAGGGGCCUCCCAGGCCGGCAUGACAGGCUACGGGCGACCUCGGCAGAUCAUCAGUUAGAGGGGCAGGGCCCGGCCUGAGCCCCGGCUUCUGCAGCUCCCUGGCUGCCGCCCUCCUGCUUAGACGGCCCCCCCACACCUGUGUAGUUUCUCAGCCCUGGCCAAGCUUUGAGACUGUCACUGGGCAAAGGUGACUGCACACGGGCAGCUCCCCCAGCCUCAGCCCAACUUACCCCGCAGCACCACCGCCCGGCUCCUCCUCCCAGCCGCAUCCCCACCACUCGCUCUCCGCGCACCCGGGGCUAAGCCGGGGGCAGGUGGGCUGCUACUGGGUGUGGAGCAAGCCCACUGUCUUCCUUGGCAGCAAAAGCCCAUUGAAGGAGACCCAGCUCAGCCUCCCCCAUCUUUUCCUGGAAUAUUUUUGGGGCUGAAAUUCAAAAUGGAAAAAAUAUAUAUAUACAUUUUCUCAGG